AUGGCGGACAGGAAGCAAGCCACCAAGCGCGCUGCGCAAAAUUUAAAUAUCACCAACCCAUGUACGCCUUUAAAAGCAGUCCAAACUAAAAUUCCUAAACCCAACACACCAGAGAGAAGAAUGGAAGAAAAAGAAGGAGAAAAAGAAGUAGAUAUGCGCCAAAUUCAACAAAUGUUCUCGACUAUGAUGACGAAACUUGAGAAGCUUGACGGAAUAGAAGCAGACAUGAAAGAGAUAAAACAUUCCUUGGAAUACGCGCAUGCUGAAAUAGCAGAUUUAAAACAGCAAAAUGAAACAAACAAAGUAAAUCAAGAACAAACAAGAGAAAGAAUAGGAAAACUGGAGCAAGACAACGCCACAUUGCGUAACAAAAUAGUAGACCUACAAGCGAGAUCCAUGCGCGACAAUCUACUGUUCUUUAAUAUACCUGAACGCGACCAAGAAAAUACCACCGAAAUCAUUCAUGAACUACUCGAAACGAAAAUGGAAAUACGCGACGCACGGAAUAAAGUCAAGAUUGACCGGUCCCACCGAAUUGGAAGAAAAAGAGAGGGAAAUCGCAAACCACGUCCAAUCGUAGUCAAGUUCAAUUAUUAUCAAGACCGAGAACAUGUGCGGAUAAACGCGAAGAAAUUUAAAGGAACGAAUAUCGGGGUAUCUGAACAGUUCCCUGAAGAAACCGAAAGCGUAAGAAAGACAUUAUAUCCCGAACCGAAAAAAGCUAAAGCCGAAG